AAGUAGAAGCAAAAAGGCAUAUGCCGGGAAACGUUUGAAAUGAUGCUGUGCCUUUAUAUGCCUCUGCUUCACAAAGCGGAUAUCCCUUCUUAUUCAUCAGAUUCCUUCUCCCCUCCCCCACACAAAGAAAAAAACAAUUUUUAUCUCUAAUCAUCUUUUGCAUUCUGACGUUGUCCUGUUUUUAUUUUUAAUUUUUAUUACCACAACCAAAUCAUCAAGGGAUCAUUUGUCAACAAAAAAAAAUCAUGAACCUUUCUUCUUCUUCUUCUUCACUCUCUAUAACACCUCCUCCUUUUCUUCCUAGCACGACCAAACACACUUGUUUUUCUUCUUCUUCCUCUGCAACCACCAGGUGUUCUUUUGUUAACUCCCCUGUUUCCAUCGGUGUUUCGUCUCCCCGGAGAUUACCCAUUAGCUUGGUUCGCAAGCAAUCUAAAACUUUCUUCGGGGUGGUUUCUGCUUCGUCUGGGUCGAGGGAUAUGACGUCUGUCACUCAAGCUAGUGGGGAUGGAGACGAGGCUCCCCUUCUCGAUCCCGAGUCCUACUCCAAGCCCCGGCGUAUUGCUCUCUUUGUCGAGCCUUCCCCCUUUUUUUCUAUACAGACUUGUCUUUGCCUGCUUUGUGUUCGACGAAAUGUCUCUGUGAUCCAGUGCUGGGCUUUUGAUGCUGAAAUUUACUAUGUCUCAGGUUACAAAAACAGAUUCCAGAACUUCAUUAGGUAUCUUCGUGAAAUGGGAGACGAGGUUAUUGUUGUUACGACACAUGAAGGCGUUCCCCAAGAGUUUUAUGGAGCCAAAGUCAUUGGAUCUAGAAGCUUCCCUUGCCCUUGGUACCAAAAGGUUCCCCUCUCCCUUGCGCUUAGUCCUCGAAUUAUCUCCGAAAUUGCUCGCUUUAACCCUGACAUCAUUCACGCUUCUUCUCCUGGGAUCAUGGUUUUUGGUGCUCUGGCUAUAGCAAAAAUGCUAUCUGUACCUAUUGUAAUGUCUUAUCACACACACGUCCCUGUAUACAUUCCAAGAUACACUUUUAGUUGGUUGGUCCAACCAAUGUGGUCAGUGAUAAGAUUUCUUCACCGAGCGGCUGAUCUUACAUUAGUUCCUUCCGCUGCCAUUGGCAAAGAUCUUAUUGCAGCUGGUGCAACCGCAGCUAAUCAACUUCGACUUUGGAAUAAGGGUGUGGAUUCAGAAAGCUUCAAUCCCUGUUUCCGCUCUCAAGAAAUGCGUAUAAGACUAAGUAACGGUGAACCAGAGAAGCCUCUAGUGAUCCAUGUUGGACGUAUCGGUGUAGAAAAGAGUUUGGAGCUUCUAAAAAGUGUAAUGGACAAAUUACCUGAAGCUCGGAUUGCUUUCAUUGGAGAUGGACCAUACAGAGAGGAUCUUGAGAAGCUGUUUGCCGGAAUGCCAGCGGUGUUCACGGGAAUGUUACAAGGGGAGGAACUCUCACAAGCUUACGCAAGUGGAGAUGUGUUUGUGAUGCCAUCAGAGUCAGAGACGCUUGGCCUUGUGGUUCUUGAGGCAAUGGCUUCUGGACUUCCCGUUGUUGCGGCUCGGGCUGGUGGAAUCCCUGAUAUCAUCCCUGAAGAUCAGGAGGGAAAAACGGGGUUUCUGUUCAGCCCUGGAGAUGUGGAAGACUGCGUGACAAAGGUGAGAAGUUUAUUGAACGACAGUGAAACAAGAGACAUCAUAGGAAAAGCGGCAAGAGAAGAAACGGAGAAAUAUGAUUGGAGAGCAGCAACGACCAAGAUACGCAAUGAACAGUACAGUGCAGCGAUUUGGUUCUGGAGGAAGAAGAAAGCUCAGGUUUUGGGACCACUCAAUUGGUUGGUUAAACGACUCUUUCCUGUGCCUCCGCAAGUUAACGCCUAGAAUAAGUAAGUAAUCAGAGCUGGCUUGUUGUUACUUGGUUAAUGGUAUCUUAUAUAGUUAGAAUGCUUAUGUGUUUUUGGGAAGCUUUAUGUUGUAAGAUACGUAUGUGUCUAUGUCUAAUAUGGUUUUGGACUUUGGACUUUAGGGUUCUAGUUUCGUUAAGUCACCGACUGUGUUUUUAAUGUGUUAAAUCAUUACUAUUUCUUUUGUUAUGUAUAAAAAUGAUUAGCAGCUUGUGUUA